GUACAUGUUUGGCAUCGUCACAGAGGGGUCGGUGACAGGCCUAUAAACAUACGGCUGCGCGAGCGCUGAGCGUAUUCGGCUCUUUCUCGUACCGACUUGGUCCUCUACCCCCUCUCGAGUCAGAAGUUUCCAUAGAAGUCUUGCAGGACAUCAUGAACGUCGUUGUUGCACAAAAGGAGGCCCUGCGAAAAUCUGUGUCCUCUGUUUUACGAACUCUCGCUGCGUCGAGUAUCGAUGAGCAAUCAAAAUUAGUCUCAGCAAAAGUGCUGGAACUUCCACACUUCCGACAAUCUCAAAACAUCAGCUGCUAUCUUAGCAUGCCCUCCGGCGAACUGGACACCUCAGACAUCGUUUCAGAGAUUCUCAAGUGCGGCAAGACGCUGUUCGUUCCGAAAAUCGACAAGAAGACACCAGGGCGUAUGGACUUAGUGCGAGUUUACAGCAACGAUGAUUUGAACUCGUUACCUAGCGGAUUAUGGGGAAUAAAGGAGCCCACCAGCGAUUUCUCAGGUCAGCCUAGGGCAAACGCCUCGGAUGAAGGAUUGGAUAUGGUAAUCGUUCCAGGUGUGGCCUUUGAUAACUCAAUGUCGAGGCUAGGACAUGGAAAGGGAUAUUACGAUCAAUACCUCUCGGCUUAUACGGUGACUGGCCGCCCGCCUCCAUUACUCGUUGCGUUAUCUCUUCGAGAACAAAUGAUGGAAGGUCAUUCGGUUCCUGUGGACGAGAGUGAUUGGAAAAUGGAUAUGGUUGUGACACCGAACGAAAUUGUAUCUGGUAGAGGAUGAUCGUUCAUUUUGUUCUAGAGCUGUGUGCGCUGGAAGCUGGUCCACUCUUCAGCUAAGUAUUGGACCUUAGAAACCAAUAAGUUCUCGUCUCACCAACGUUAGUGGGGAGACCAAUGGAAGGGCUCGUACGAGCCCAUCGUUGACCGAGGACCCUCUGGUGAAGAGAGUAUGCGCACCAGCCUGUCACUUGCAAUGAAUUCCAAGACCCAUUACGGAAGAAGAAGGAAGGUAUGCUGGCCCUAGAUUAGAGUCAAGAUUGACCGCGCAACAAACAGGUCAUUGACGAACCCAGUUGCGGCACUAAUACGCCCUUCGCCCCCGAUUCAAAAUUUCCGGGUGAUCCAUCAGGGUUAAACAGUUUCGUGGCUAGUUGGGAGGUGAUCACGACCUAAAUAAUCUCAAUGAAUUUGCAGCAGGGCCAUCGAUACGCAGGAAAACUGACGGUCAAGUUGUGAGCAGCGCAAUCAUGAACUAAGGGAACGAUAUAGUAUCUAUGACGAGGAGAGAUAACUGGUUUCCGCCGCCGUCAGACAAUACACAGACAGUGAAUAUUAGCACCUACUGUAGGAUGUGCCAACAGAUAAGUACCCAGAUUAUGGAUGAAUAUCACAAAUUGAAGCAGAGCAGAAACUUUCAAGUAAGACAGAAGGGUCUGAUGGUUGGGUAGGUCU